GCCUGCAGGCUGGAGUAAGAACAAAGGCUCCGCAACACAAGUCAGCCACAUUAAAAGAAAACUGCAACCAGUUAUUAUGCUGCAGUGGCUUAGCCAAGGAAAUCUGGGGUUUUUCCACUCCUAUCAACUUAUUUAAGACAAUAUUCUCCCUUUCCCUCCACCCCACUUUUCACUUCCUGGAAUAUGCUGGGAACAUCGCACAAGAUCACAGUUCUACUUGCCAUCUACCUGGGUUCCCUAGGUCACGACAAGGGGUGUAUAAUCCAUCUCCAUGUUUAUCAGACACUGAAGAGUUUGUUUCUGAGACUUCUUGCCAAGAGCUCCCGGAAUUCCCUACUUUUAUUUGCAGACAAAUGCCAUAAAGCCAAACAAAACUGGAAAAGAAGGAAAACGCCGUCUCUCCUUCUUCGUUCCCCUUUACAAGACAGCAAAACGCACCAGCAAGCAAACACCAGCUCACCAGCCCAGACUGAUGUCAAAGAGCAGUAUGCCAAAAGGGACAUAAGGUUGUUCCUUAGGAAGACGAGUUUAAGAGACUGCAAGGAUGAGAACCUCAGGCACAGCACAUUUAGGCAGAAGUUGUUUCAGAAAAGUGCACUGUUAAAGAAUUCCUGGAGAAGUACACACUCAUGUCUGAAUCAAGAAAAUCAUAAGCACAAACAGUGCAUCACUCCUGGUCAGCAGUUAACGCUUCAGGUACCGAUGAAGGAGUACACCUAGACUGUUGCUCUUGAUUACAGCCACAAGACAUUCAAGAUCACAUGGCAGAAAUGAAAUCACCUUUCAACCUGAGUCAGAAUUCACUGCCAUUAGUGACUGACAAUAUGGGCUUUUAGCUCUUGGUACGCUCCUGAAUUGACAAUGCCACUACUAAAACCUUGUUUCAGGUAAGUGUUAUCAUCUGUGUGCACACAUCUGUGCAUAAGGAUUUUCUGAUACCAUAUUAAACAUUUCCAAACAACUGUGCAACAUGCAGGAAAAAAAAUGAAGUCAAAAGACCUCACUGUAGCUCAUACAUAAGUUUGCUGCAGUCUUUACUAGUUAGAAUAAUAUUUAAAUCUUACAAAAUAUAUAGGCACUGUCAUCCGCCAGUGUUACAGCUGUAACCCAAGCACUUCAAACUCCAUUAAGUUAAAUUACUAUCUCCAUUGCUAGCUAGCAUAACUUCUAAGGCAUAUUCCAUCUCCCAUUUGUCCCAUUUAGGUGACACCUAUUGUUAUUCUUGCUGGCCUGUUUAUCCACUUUCUUAUCUGCAGCCUCUGGCAACAAGAGGGGAAAAGGAUAGUUCAGUCUGUUUUAUGUAACUAAUCAAGAAUAUUUAUACAGCAACUGCUAUCCCAUUUGCCUUAAAAAAGGGAGAUCCUUCUCAGAACACUUCCCCAAUUAUACUCAGCUGCAUAUUGCUCCAAUGAAAGUAGGUGCCCACAUUUAUUCACAAGCAAAUGCAUCUGAAUGAAAGUCUUCCAUUUGAAUCAGAACUCAAGGCAGAAGUCAAGAGCAGUCCCAGUCACUAAACAAGGCAAGAAGCUGGAAGGAUGAAGUGAACUUUGAAAUCAAGAAUCGCACUUUAUCUCUGAAGUGAAUAUAGGGUCUGACGGUAAGCAUAUUUUAAAAACAUGUUCUGCAAAAUUAAGUAUCAAACAAAAGUUCUCAAAUAAGAGCCCUACUUAUUUAGCUAAGAGGGUGAAAGAUACACCAAGUCUCUAUCUUAAGCCAUCAGAAAGAAAAAAAAUUAUAAUUUGUUCUCAACAAGACAGAAGUAGCGCUAGCUUUAUAGUUGAAGCACCAAGGAUGGAAUGUCAGUCAUCCCUAUUUCUAGCAUAAUUUUGAAGUGUAUUAAUUUAUUAGGUUCUCUCCCCCCCCGCCUUGUCCCUAUUCUCUUUUUCUUCCAGAAAACAGAAUCACAGAAUUGUAGGGGUUGGAAGGGACCUCUAGAGAUCAUUGAUCCAACCCUUCUGUUAAAGCCGGUUGCCUACAGCAGGUCACACAGGUCAGUGGUUCCUGAUCAUUUCCAGAGGAGACAAACAUAACAUCUAAGUACUUCUGCUGAUAUGUGACGAUGUUACAGAGAAAACUUGUAGGACAAAAAGGAAUAUGUGAAAAUCUUGCCUCACAACAACAGUUAAGAAUUCAGUGACUACCAAGACACUCUCUCCUUCCUUCCAACAAAAACCCACUCUCAAAAUGACUUCUUUUCAUUUGUUUUUUAAAUUUCUACUGUUGCUGCAGUCUGUAGGGAUCCCCUCCUGCUCUGAACUGACACAGGAGAAAAAAUAAAAUCACAGAAAUCACUAAUACAGAUUCUCAUCUAAUAUACACAUAGAAAACCACUCUAAAGGAUCUAUUGCUUCUUCUAGCUACACUUAGAAUCAUUUAAUGGUUUGGGUCGGAACGGACCUUCACGAUUACUUAGUUCCAACUACCUGCUAUAGGCAGGGACACCUCAUACUACAGGUUGUUCAAAGUCCCCAUCCAGCCAGGCCUAGAAUGCUUCCAAUGAGGGGGCAUCCACAACCUUGCUGGGCAACCUGUUCCAGUCUCACUACUGUCAUACUAAACAAUUUCUUCGUAAUAUCUAAAUCUACCCUCUUUCAGUUUAAAACUAUUUCCCUAUGUCCUGUUGCUACCUUCCCUUGUAAAAAGUCCCUCUCCAGCUUUCCUGUAGGCCCCCUUCAGGUACUGGAAGGGCACUAUAAGGUCUACUCAGAGCCUUCUCCUCUCCAGGCUGAAGAGCUGCAACUCUCUUAGCCUGUCCUCACAGGGGAGGUGCUUCAGCCCUCUGAUUAUCUUUGCAGCUCUCCUCUGGACCUGCUCCAACAACUCCAUGUUACUCUUGUGUUGGAGGCCCCAGAACUGAAAGCAGUACUCCAGAUAGGGUUUCACGAGAGCAGAGUAGAAGGGCAGAAUCACCUCCCUCGACCUGCUGGUCACACUUCUCUGGAUGCAACCCAGGAUAUGGUUGGCCUUCUGGGCUGCAAGCACACAUUGUUGGCUCAUAUUGAAUCUCUCAUCAAUUGACAACCUCUAAUCUUCCUCCUCAGGGCUGCUCUCAAGCCAUUCUCCACCCAACCUGCAUAUGUUCUUGAGACUGCCUCAACCCAGGUGCAGGACCUUGCACUUGGCUUUGUUAAACUUCAUGGACCCAUCUCUCAAGCAGAUCCAGGCCACUCUGGAUGGCAUCCCUUCCCUUUGGUGCAUCAACUGCACCAUUCAGCUCAGUGUCAUCUGCAAACUUGCUGAGGGUGCACUCAAACCCACUGUCCAUGUCACCUACAGAGAUGUUAAAUAAAACCGGUCCCAACAGUGAUCCCUGAGGAACGCCACUCAUCACCGGUCUCCACCUGAACACCGAGACAGUGACUGUAAUGGUGCAACCAUCCAGCCAAUUCCUUAUCCAGCCAGCAGUCUAUCCAUCAAAUCCUUCUUUUUUUUUCAAUUUGGUGACCAUGAUGUCAUGUCAGACAGAGCCAAACGCUUUUGCACAGGUAGAUGGCAUCAGUUGCUCUUCCUUUAGCCACUGAUGCUGUAACUCCAUCACAAAAGGCCACCGAGUUAGUCAGGCAUGACUUACCCUUGGUGAAACUAUGUUGGUUAACAACAAUCACCUUGUUUUUAUUUUCCAUGAGCCUUAGUAGGGCCUUCAAGACGAUUCGCUCCAUGAUCUUGCCAGACACAGAAGUGAGACUGACUGGCCUGUACUUCCCUGGAUCUUACUUUUUUCCCUUCUUGAAAUAUGUUUCCCCUUUUCCAGUCAGUGGGAAUUUCACCAGACUGCCAUGACCUUUCAAAUAUGAUGGAUAACAGACCUCUAAUAUGCUACUUGAAGCACAGAUAAUUGACAAAUUGAAUGCUAAAGUGCUAUUUAAUUUUACUGUUUUUCUUUAAUUUGCUUAGAGACUGAACCUAACUUACC